AACUCCAGAUUGUUAUAUUAAAUUAGCUGAACAGUACAAAUAUUUGAUUGCUGAUAAAACUAUUAAAACAUUACCUACUAUUAUAAAAGAGUAUUCAGAUGUUAUAUAUACUAGCAAAAAGAUAAUUGCUAUUAAAGAAG